CGGGGAUCGCCGGCAGACGCGAGCGCAGGAGGGGGGCAAAUCUUUUAUUGCUCGCACGGGCUCGGCGAGUCCCUGUACAAGCGAUCUUCGUCGGUUCGAGGGUUCGGGGCAUUCGUCCCUACAUAGCGCACAAGCAGCAGCAGAGCAAGGCAAGCAGGGCAGGAAGGCAGAGCGGAGGAAGGAAGCGGAGCGCGGGGAGCAGCAGGCCAGGGCCAAUUUUGUGCGAUCGAGCGAUCGAUCGAUCUGACCACGGGAUUGGCUUUCGAACGUUGGACAUCAUGGCUAGGGCCAGGCUGCUGGGAGGCCUGCUGUUUCUCGCUUGUGUCACCGUCCUUGUGGCUGCAGAUGCUGAUACUGUGUUCUACGACUCGUUUGAGUCGUCCUGGGAAGGACGAUGGGUUGUGUCUGAGAGCAGCGAGUACCUAGGGAAGUGGAAACACGAAAAGAGUGAAGGGCAUGAGGAUUACGGUCUGCUCGUGAGUGAGAAGGCAAGAAAGUACGGAAUUGCCGUGGACUUGCCCAAGCAAGUGGAUUUCAAGGACGGUACAGUUGUGUUGCAGUAUGAUCUGCGACUGCAGUCUGGACUCGAAUGCGGUGGAGCAUACUUGAAGUACCUUCUACCUCAGGAAGCAGGAUGGACUCCAAGCAAGUUCGACAACUCAGCUCCGUACUCCAUCAUGUUUGGACCUGACAAAUGUGGGUCUACCAACAAGGUUCACUUCAUUUUCCGUCACAAGAGCCCCAAGACCGGAGAAUACGUGGAACACCACCUCAAGUCUCCUCCUAGCCCUAUCGGCGACAAGCUCUCUCAUGUGUACACCGCGGUGAUCUACUCUAACAACACUGUCAAGAUCUUGGUUGACGGAGAGGAGCAGAAGACCGCUGAUCUCUUGUCUAACGACUUCGACCCCGCCGUCAUUCCAUCCAAGACCAUCCCCGACCCUGAGGAUAAGAAGCCCGAGGACUGGGACGAGCGUGCCAAAAUCUCAGAUCCCUCAGCCACCAAGCCUGAUGACUGGGAUGAGUCGGCACCUAGAGAGAUUGAGGACCUCGAAGCCGUGAAGCCCGAGGGAUGGUUGGAUGAUGAGCCCGAUGAAGUUGAUGACCCCGAGGCCACCAAGCCCGAGGACUGGGAUGAUGAGGAAGAUGGUGAGUGGGAAGCCCCUCAGGUGCCCAACCCAAAGUGUGAGGAAGCUCCAGGAUGCGGUGAGUGGGUCCGUCCGACGAAGAAGAACCCCGCCUACAAGGGCAAGUGGUCGGCUCCUUUGAUCGACAACCCCGCAUACAAGGGAAUCUGGAAGCCACAAGAAAUCCCCAACCCCGAUUACUUUGAAUUGGAGAAGCCCAACUUGGAAAGCAUUGCUGCCAUUGGUAUUGAGAUCUGGACCAUGCAAGAUGGUAUUUUGUUCGACAACAUUUUGGUCACACACGACGAAGAGGAAGCCAAGCAAUACAGGGAGAAGACCUGGAAAGUCAAAUUCGAUGCCGAGAAGGCGAAGGCUGUUGAGGAAGAAGAGAAGGAAAAGGAAGAUACCCCCGGUCCUCUAGACUCGUUCAAGGAGAAGAUCUUUGAGCUUUUGUACCAAAUCCCGGAACUCUCUUUCUUGGCUGCCUACAAGGACAAGCUUAUUGAAAUUCUUGGUGAAGCUGAGAAGCACCAAAACUUGACCAUCGGCGGUCUCUUUGGUGUCAUUGCCAUCACAUUGGUCAUCUUCUACAGCCUCCUGUGCGGUGGCAAGAAGAAGGCUAAGGACACGGCUGCUAUCGCUAAGAAGGAAGAUACUGUUACCGCCGACGAUCCCACUGAUGCCUCUCAAGCCACUGAGACGAGCAGCGAGAUUGCACAGGAGGGUGAGUCACAGGGAGCCCAGAAGAGAAAAUCACGCAGGGAGACUUGAAACCAAUUUGCAGACCUUCUGGUUUGUCGAAGGCGUAUGCCACAGUGAGACAAUUUCAUGGUUUUUUGGGUUGAUACCGCAGCCAAAGUUUUGUUAGAAACUAAAAUUUCUGGCUUGAGAGGCACUGUUAAAUUCAUAUUCUUGAUAGGAGGACUGCUAACUGCUGGCAGGACCUUUUCUUUUAGUCGGUCUCGCACCGUGGGGGACUGAAGUCUGUAAUGAUACUCUUAGGAAUAACUCGUACAUUGUUUCGCAAGGGAGUUACAGAGAAAUCUAGAAUGUUUACAUGCCAAUUGCCAGAUGUUUCUUACUACGCAGUACCUCUCCAUCAUUCAUGUUUCGGUGUAAUUGCCUUUGCCAUAUUAUUAAGCAGCUGGUAUCGGCAGAUGCCUCACACCGCUUUAACUCUUUAUCAACAAAGGAUUUUCAGCACAGGCUGCGCAAGUUUCUUUUCAAGUAUGGUCAUCAUUUGCUUAGCAGCAGUGGACGUCGCGUUUCUUUUUAAUGCCGGAAGGUGUUACACUC